CUCUUUAAAAGCAUCGGUGAUAGUGUUGCUACUGGGAGCUGCUCUGUGAGACAGCCAGCUGGGAAAGUGCUGCUGCUGAGGAGAAAGGAGCUAGCUUCAGCUCCAGAUUCUUGCGCCUGAUAGUGUGUGAUAGGCACAGAGACAGGGACCGAGUCAGGAGCACAGUUAUCACCCUGCACAAAGACUGGGAGAGGGAGACCCAGAGAAACCUGUGGUAACCAAAGAGCAGGGGGCAAUUAGAAAGCAAGGAGUCCUUCAUUCUCGUAGACACCAGGGAACAAUAUGGGUCUUUCCCAAGGCACUCCGGUUUCAUCUAAUUGUUCAGAGAGAGGCUCUUUCUAAACCCACCUGUGCUGCUCCCAGGCUGCAGGUGGCAGGGCAAAUAGAAGAAGAAUUCUUGCUCUAUUUGGAAAUCCCGAGAUGUGAUCACAAAGUCUUGUGCACUGGGCAGGGAAGAGCAUCCUUGGCACUUAGGGAGUGAACGGUGUGUGUGCAUCCCAGCUCCAGAGGCUCUGGUAGCCCUAGAUACUUGGAUUAAUAGGAGAUCAGUGCCACCUGUAACUCAAAGAGCAGAGUAAGUAGUGCAGUUACUUUCAGAAGGAGCGUAAGGUUGGCCUGGCUCUGUUCUUAACCUCCCUCUUUCUACAAUAAAAUGGAGAGUGGAAGAUUAUCCAGCACAGAACAGGCGCUGAUCCGGGAGAGCUGGCAGAAAGUGAGUAGCAACCUCCUGCAACAUGGCACCAUCUUGUUUACCAGAUUGUUUAAUCUGGACCCUGACCUGUUGCCCCUUUUCCAGUACAAUUGCAGACAGUUCUCCAGCCCUCAGGAGUGCCUCUCAUCACCCGAGUUCCUGGAUCACAUUCGGAAGGUGAUGCUGGUGAUAGAUGCUGCUGUGACCCACUUGGAGAACUUGUCCUCUCUGGAAGAAUAUCUUGCCAACUUGGGCAAGAAACACCAGGCAGUUGGUGUGAAGGUGGAUUCUUUCUCGGCAGUGGGAGAGUCCUUGCUGUUCAUGCUGGAGAAAUGCCUCGGUACUGCCUUCAGCCCGGACAUGCGAGAGGCUUGGACCAGGCUGUAUGGUGCUGUGGUGAAAGCCAUGAGCCAUGGCUGGGAUGCACGUAAAGAGGGGAAAUAGACCCAGCAAGCUUGGGCUCCGGCUUUCCUCUUCCUAACCCAGCAGCAGCUCCAAGGAGAGAGUUGACUCUCCCUUCCAACCAUGCCCAUUCCAGGGCCAUCUCGGUAGCCGUCUCUGUUUUGCUUUGAUAUUACCCACAUCUCUGCCUCUGACGAUGUUCAAUGUGAUCCCCCUUAAUUACACUGCAGUGAGCCCUUGCAUCCACCUCCAGGGGGCAGGGUAGAGCUGGGCUCAGCCCGCGGAGGUGGAAUGAGCUUGUCCCUCAAAUUCCAAUUCGUUUGUCUCUCCACCUAAAUAUUCUCCUGGAGUCAUUGCGGGUCGGUUAAUCCUUGCUCUUUAUUCCCUCUGCAUUUGCCCUAGAAUAGAUCCCAGGCCCUUCCUCACGUAAGAUUAAUCACAGCUGUGUGUAUUUCCUAGGGAGGGGCUGAGCAGUGUGGCUUUUUGGAACGUGGAACUGGGUUAAUCCCAGUGUAAGGCUGCUCUUACCAGGUCUGAGCUGCUAGCUGGCUGGAUUUGGAGUGACUUGGCCUGCUGAUUUAACCUGAAAGCCAGCUGAAAUGCAGCAGCUACUUGUGCUUUUUAAAAUGUCUUCCCCUAAAGUAAAUUACAUCAAGUAAGGACAAAUAGACUUUGUAUUAGAAUUAAAGUGACAGAUGCAGCUUUCUCCCGGGAGCAG